UUUCCAAUCAUUUAUAUCCCACUAACAAUUAACCAUACUAUCUUUUUCAAAAUUAACUCUAGUUAACUAAAAUAACUCAUUUUGAAUGAAAUAUUUCAUAAACAAUCACGCCCUAAGCAUCUGAUCAAUCAUCCGAUCCCGGCCAUGGCAGGAAUCUACGCUUUCAAAUGCCCGUGUUUCCGGCUACCGUCUUCCGCCCUUCCCCAACGUUCAAACCCAUUUCAAGUCCCUCGGCUAAAAUUUACAACAACCCGACCCUCAACUUUCCACAAGAUAUACGCUUUAACAAGCAAUGAUAUAAAGGUGGGCCUCAACAUUGAAGUUGACGGGAACCCAUGGAAGGUUAUUGGUAUUUCCUCUCAACUUUGCCCUCUUACUAUGUGUUUCUUGUUCUUUCUCCCUUUUUUUUUUUGGGAAUUUCAUUUGGAUUUAGUUGUAUGUUUGAGUGGACUGAACUGCGGUGUUGAGGAAUUAUUGGAAUCGUAAGGCUGAGAUGCUAUAACGAGCACCUCAAAGCUCGGAGCUUUCAGUUGAAUGUGCUCUUAUGUCCGUGUGCUCGACGUGACUUUGUGAUGUGGGCUAUGGACUUGUUUGUGCUGAAAAAUUUGUGGUAUUGUUCAGAGUUCCUCCAUGUCAAACCUGGGAAAGGGGCAGCGUUUGUCAGGACAAUGUUGAGGAAUUAUGUAACUGGAAAUCAAGUUGAGAAGACUUUUCGAGCUGGAAGCAAGAUUGAAGAGGCCGACAUAUUCAAGGAAACCAAGCAAUUCAGUUAUAAGGAUGGCGCUCAGUAUGUUUUCAUGGACUUGACUACCUAUGAAGAAUAUCGUCUCAACGAGUCUGAUGUUGGAGAUAAAUCAAUGUGGCUGAAAGAAGGCAUGGACUGCAAUUUGCUGUUCUGGAAGGAUAAGAUCAUUGAUUUUGAACUCCCCAACAUAGUGAAAUUGACUGUGGUUCAAGUUGAUCCAGGUAUAAAGGGCGACACAGUUCAAGGAGGAUCUAAGCCUGCUACACUUGAAACUGGUGCUGUUGUUACAGUCCCAUUGUUCAUAAACAUUGGCGAUGAAAUCUUGGUGGAUACAAGAACUGGGCACCAAAUAUUGAGGCUAUUUCAUGGAAGUCUCGAUCGGCUUUUAUAUGGGAGAUCUGAUGGUCCACCGCUCGACUGGAAUUGCAGAAUGAAAGUUGCUCUGUGUACCGCGCAAGGUCUUACCUUUCUGCACGAGGAGGGACCCAUUCAGGCAAUGUUCCAUGAUUUCUCAACCUCGAAUAUACAGAUUGACAAGGAUUUCAGUGCAAAGCUUUCUGGUUAUGGUUGCAUCGGCCACAUUCCCGAGACGGAUAUCUCCAGCAGCUCAGUCGCUGUGGCAAAUCUUUCGGUGGAGACUCUUGAAAGGGGCCUUUUAACACCAAAGAGCAACGUGUGGAGUUUUGGGAUUGUGCUUCUCGAAUUGCUCACGGGUUGUCCCUUAUCUCAGCUGAAGGGUCGUUUUCCGGCCAGAGCUGCCCGGACAGUGGCUGAUAUUGCUCAACGGUGUCUCCAAGCGGACCCCUCUGACAGGCCCACGAUGAGGGUUAUCGUUGAGCACCUCAAGACCAUACAGGAUUUGAAGUACGCGUCUCGAUUUCCUCUGCAGGAGCCGGGAAAAAUUGGCGGCAAACAGAUGUUCAGAUCACCCAGCCUAAACGGGAUUGUGCCCAAGGCCACAAGAUCGAAUCUUUCUCCUUCUCCUCCUUCGGCUAGACCUAAGUCUGUUACACCCUCGCAUGGGCUGCCACUGGCUCUGCCUCCCAGAUCGAGUUCGUAUACGCUGUUAUUAGAGGAAAGUGAUCGGCAGGAAAGCCGUAGAUUCUCUUCUUCCUCCACCGUUUGUAGGUUGAGUGUGAAAGAUUUUGAUAGUUAG